CUCCCUGCAGGUGGACUCCAUCCUCAGAGGCGAUUAUCUGACCCCGAUGGCUGCUGCUGGUCCUAAGAGGUUGUGUUUGGUUUGUGGAGACUUUGCCUCGGGUUUUCACUACGGAGUGGCGUCCUGUGAAGCCUGCAAGGCGUUCUUCAAGAGAACCAUCCAAGGCAACAUCGAGUACAGCUGCCCGGUGAUGAACGAGUGCGAGAUCACCAAACGGAGGAGGAAAGCCUGUCAGGCCUGUCGCUUCCAGAAGUGUCUUCAGGCUGGGAUGAUGAGGGAAGGUGUUCGUAUGGACCGAGUCAGAGGAGGUCGGCAGAAGUACAAGAGGCGGGUGGAGAGUGGACUGAACUUCUACAGUAAAAGCCCGUACAGCCACCCAGUCAGCAGAAACAAGGUGGUCUCCCACCUGCUGCUCACAGAGCCCGCCCCCCUGGCCGCCAAUCAGGACGACUCGAGCAAUGACAGCAGCCUGAGGACCCUGCUGACCCUCUGUGACCUCCUGAACCGGGAGCUGCUGGUUCUGAUUGGAUGGGCCAAACAGAUCCCAGGUUUCUCUGGACUCUCAUUGGUCGACCAGAUGUCGCUACUGCAGAGUGGCUGGAUGGAGGCGCUGCUGGUGGGCGUGGCCUGGCGCUCUCAGGGGGCGCCAGGGGAGGAGCUUGUGUUUGCCGGGAACCUGCGGCUGGACGAGGCUCAAUGUCGAGCCACUGGAUUGGCCGACUUGUACGAAGCGCUGCGUCACCUGACGGCUAAAUACGAGGCGAUGAAGCUGAGUCCUGAGGAGGUGGUGACGCUGAAGGCCAUGGCGCUAGCUAACUCUGAUGCCGACCCGGUGGACUGUCCAGACUCGGUGCAGAGGUUCCAGGACGGACUCCACGAGGCCCUGCAGGAUCUGGAGGCGACACGGCGGGACCAGAACCGGGCCGGCCGGAUCCUCAUGAGCCUCCCACUGCUGAGACAGACAGCCGACCGAGCCGUGCAGAACUUCCUGCGGCUGCAUCGAGGCCGACGUGUGGCGCUGCACAAGCUGCUGCUGGAGAUGCUCGACGCCAAGGCCUGACUCUGUUACCAUGGCAACGGAGGAGAUGCCAAGGCCUGACUCUGUUAUCAUGGCAACGGAGGAGAUGCCAAGGCCUGACUCUGUUAUCAUGGCAACGGAGGAGAUGCCAAGGCCUGACUCUGUUACCACAGCAACGGAGGAGACACCAAGGCCUGACUCUGUUACCACGGCAACGGAGGAGACGCCAAGGCCUGACUCUGUUACCACGGCAACGGAGGAGACUGUAAAACCGUCUGUCACGCAAACUGGACGUAAAAACGACUCUGAGCUGAAAAUGGAGAAGAAAAACACAGAUUCUGGCAGAAAUGAGCUUCAGAGGAAACUGAAAAACUUCCAAAAUGUUUAAAAUCUCAAAAAAUAUGACAUUUAUUUUAAUUAAUUCACUUUAUAAAAAGCUACUCCUCUUUUGGCAAAGCCCAAAAGUGUUUUUUUUUUUUUUUUUGCCGUUAUGACUAGAAGAUUAACCAUUUGCCGCCAAAAUAAAGAUGAAAACUGCAGCUACGAGGUCAGAAUACAAACUUUUACCUGAAAUAAUUAUCAAGAAAUGUUUCACAACAUUUUCUUCUUCUGUGGUCAUUUUUUUAAACCCAACAGGAAACAGCUGAUAUUUAAUUUAAGGCUAAUUUGGUUUAUCGUUGUCAGAAAAAGAAACAAAAAGCUUUAAUUCUGCUCAAGUUUGCAGAAAAAUACAAGUUUCAAGAUUUAGGAUGUGACAGUUCUCCCUGUAAAAAUGAAAAUCCAAAGGUUAAAUUAAGGUUUUAAAUUUGUUUUUGCAGCAUUAAUUAGUUAUUUCAAGUAAAACAUAAAAAACUACAAUUCUGCUCUGUGAAGCUAAUUUAUGUCCUAAAAUUCGACUAAAGCACAACUAGAAAACAUGUUCAGAUGGCUUCAAAGCAAACUAAAAUUGAAAUUUUUACUUUUCUCAACAAUAAUUCCUCAAAACACAAAAUAUUUUAAAGAUUUUUGCAAAAAUUCUGCUCAGGAAACCGUUAAAUGUUAAAAUAAUUUUAGAAUUUAAUUAAACGCUGUCAGAAAAAUUAAAUAAAAAGCGUUAAUUCUGCUCAAAUUAUCAAAGUUAAAUGAAGUUUUUCAAUUUUUUUUCAGCAUUAAUUAAUGGAAAAAAUUGGCUAAGUAAGAAUAAAAAGCUGAAGUUCUUCUAUGUGAAGCUGAUUUCUGCCCAAAAUCCUCCUCUGAAGGUUUUCUUCUUCAUUUUUAAGACUCACUUUGAGCUUUUACAACAAACGUUCAACAUUUAACUGAAACUAAAUGAAUCAGUGAGUAAUCAAUCGAUCAGAUAUCAGAUCUCUGAAGACACUCAGUGAGGUAAAGACUCUGUAAAACGCCGGACUGUGAUUGGAUGCUCACUGCUCAGUGGGCGGGGCUUAUCAUCAUCGGGACUGUUUCUCUCGUUUAAACUUAAAUCUUAUUUUUGUAAUGAAUCUAUUUUUGUGUGAACUCACCUGAAGAUGAGCUGGUUACCGUAGCAACAGCAUCAUUUUAUUUAUUUUUUGUCAACUAGAAGAAGAAGAAGAUCCUGUAGCUGCUCCGGUAAAAUAAAAGCUUUUGGAAUAAAAACACAAA